AUGCCGCCUCAGCAGCGCCCCCUCACUAGGAUAGAACUCGGCGACCGCUGCUACGCAGCGAUCCUCAGCCGCGUCCACGGCUUCAGCUUCUACGCCCGCCAGUUCCCCGUGGCCCUGCCAGGCCCGUGCUACCACCGCAACAACCACUUCACGGUCUCGACCUGCCUCGCGGGCCACACGUCGAUCCCCUGGCGGGAGUACUGCCAGUGCGCGACGCCGCAGGCGCACCUGUCCCCACGGCGGACGAUCCUGGUCUCGAUCACGCGCUGGCGCUGCAUGGGCAGCGAGGAGGCCUGCCGGGCGAGGAUCGAGGCCGAGGACAUCCAGCCGACGGAGGAGGACGGACCGAUGAGGGACCGGGACUACUUUAUGAUGACCACGUGGAUGGAGGCGUAG